CUCAGAAAACCAAAACUCGACUCUUGAGAUAUUCUAAGCCUUAUAAACAAAAUGGGCCUGGACUCACAUACCAAGGGUCAUGGUCACAAUUCAUCUGAAGAUAGUCUAAGCAUAUAUAGUCCAAUUCGUCAUGACCAGGAUUCUGGCAUUCAUCCCCAGACACGCGACUCGGUAACUUCCAGAACUUCCAUGGUACCCUGUACUACCAGAUCCUUUGAAGCCGAAACAAACGAGCCCCACGUUAUUCUGGCAGGGAUCGAGACCUCCUGUUCUUUUGAGCUUUUCAAAGCCCCGUCUGCUAGAAGCAAUAUAUUUAGCCACGAAGACAGCAUGAUCUUGAAAUAUCUCAUCACACUCCACCGUAGCCUGGAGGACCCAGCUCUAUACUUCAAAUGGGGCGUCUGGAGAAAUGGGGGCCCUGACGAGGGCCUCCGGCUCGAGGAUAUUCUAGAAACAGAAGUCCAGCUAGUCACGUGGAACAAGCAGAUCAAAAAGGACUGCUCGGGAGAGGCAGCCUACCUCCGCUUGGGUCUUCAUCCUGACCGCAUAUGCGGUAAAGUUGCAUUUCAAAUCAGCCUGCGAGAUGCAAGGAAUUUCUUUCAGGAAGUCGCCUCUGUGGUGCUUCGCGAGCUGCUUUCCUUGCCCAUGGCUAUCUACAGUACGUAUGCUUUUGCAGCGGUGUAUUUUAGAUGACGGUCACUAACGUAGGUUCUGAAAGAACGUAGGUUCUGAAAGAACGUGGCAUUUGUGACAAAAAGGUUUCAUAUUGGGGAAAAGACUCAUUAGAAUCCAUGUUUUGGUGACGCGUCUACGAUUUUCGAAUGGAACCAGAAUCUGGCCCCAAUAUACAAAAUUACUGACAAAGCAGUUCCUGUGAUUGGUGUUGAUCUCAAUGAGCGGC